AUGUCAAAUAAAAGAAGACGGUGUUUCACUAUUGCUGAAAAAGUGAAAAUAAUUGAACGUUUAGAAAAUGGUGUUUCUAAUAAAGAUCUUUGCCAAGAGCUGGGAAUCAGUCAAUCAACACUAUCUACCAUAUGGAAAUCAAAAGACCAAAUAAAAAGUGUUUUUUCAAAAAGACAUGACAUCUAACAAAAGAUUAAAAUGUAGCCAACAUCAAGACGUCGAACAGGCUCUCUUGGAAUGGUUCAAAAUACAACGAUCUAAAAAUAUUCCAACAAGUGGACCGAUACUUCAAGAAAAAGCGACCGAAUUUGGGAAGCGUUUUAAUAAAAUCGAUUUUCAAUGUUCUUCUUCUUAGAUUACCCGUUUUCGUCAAAGACACAAUAUCGUUUUUGGAAAAAUAAGUGGAGAAUCGUCAAGCGUUCUUGUUGGUGUUUCGGAAAACUGACUGGAACACGUUUGACCUAAUNUACGUUUUAAAGGGGAAACAUGCAGUGGUGGUAAAUUCUACCACUACAAUAAGAAACUGUUUCCACCACGCUGGAUUCAAGGCUUCGGUAAACGACGAAACAGAAAUAGUAAAUGAAAAUAAUUUGGACACAGAGUGCUUUUCUGAAGAAAACAUACAAAGUUUUGUGGAGGUUGACGAUGCUCUUUUGACCAACGAAGAACCUAAUGAAGAAGAAAUUGUCAAGUCUAUUUUGAAUGAAAAAAAUAAUGAUGAAAGUGAACAAGGUGACGAAGAGAGCGAAGAAAUAGUAUUCAAAGUACCAUCUAUUUCGGAAAUGUAUUUAUAUUGA